AUGAUCGGCGACAUUGAGUCCGUCAAAAGAGUACUUAACCGCUACGUGUCGUGUCGUAUUCGUAAUGCUCGACCAAUGCAACAACUGAUGGCACUACUUAUUCCGGAUCAAUAUGCCGCCUACCAACAGGCGUUCAGCACCGUAGGUGUCAACUACUUUGGACCAAUCAUAGUUGCCCAUGAGCGUGUACUUGAACAUAGAAUCGAUACGAACCUGGCGCUUCACGCAUUCAAUAUAUUGUCACUCAUUUUACCAAUCAACUACACAGAAAAACCGUAUAUUCGUGUGCAUAAUGAACUGCUAGCAAAUCGUCUCAAGCACAGCUCGGUUCCGAUGAGCGAUAUCGCACUGUUCGUGAGGAAGGAUUUGCGUGUCAAUCAGGAGCCUUUCGUGUGUUCGCUACUGGAUCGGUUGCAAUUCAGUCAGAAUGAUCGCACAGAUGGGCUCAAUUUGUUGAGCCAACUGGCCAAAGAUCCGCAUGGGAAAGAACACAUGCGUAGAUUAGANCACGGUACACUCAGUGGACAUCAAGUUGUGGAUUUCAUCGAAUUUUGGAAGCACCAUUAUGACGAUAUUGCCCCGACAGAUCAGGAGGUUGAUGUGUGUUCGGAAAUACUAGACGAUACGGCGAAUCAGCAAUACUUUGAAUAA